CGCUGUAGAGGGAAAAUGUGCGUUAGCGUGCGAACCGAGGGAACCCCCUAGUUAGUUAGCAGAGAGUGGAAACAUGGAUGAUGAGGAGGUCGCCGAAAGCUGGGAAGAGGCCGCUGAUAGUGGGAUCAGAUGGGCGGACUUGACUCAGAUUGCGGUCUCUGUUAAUUGUGCACAUCUGGAGCUUUUCAAGUGUAACAUUAACUAAGGGCGAAUUCCAAACGGAAGUGAGCAUCCCUAUGCCCGACUCCCUCCGAAGGGCUGAGCCCGUGAAGUGGGAACUCUGGAGGGAGCAGGGCACUCGCGUCUCAAGUAUGGCCGUUUGGAACAAUCUUGAUGAAGGAAAUGGACAGAAGACUAGAGGAAAAGCUUCGAAUCCGUCAGAAAGAGAGACUUUCAAGUGGCAGUUCAAGCCGCUCUCCAAUGAGGACAGCAAUUGUAAUCCAGGAUGACUCCCUCCCUGCAGCACCCCCACCUCAGAUUCGUAUUUUGAAGCGACCCUCCAGUAAUGGAUCCUUAGGAUCAUCUGUGACACAGACCCGACCCUCACCGCAAGUAAAAUCCUUAGCUCAGCGAGAGGCGGAAUACGCAGAAGCCAGGAAGAGAAUCCUUGGCAGUGCUACUCCUGAUGAUACGCCCCAGGAGAGAUCCAAUUUAGACCGAUCCCCGCGUGGAAGCAGCCAUACACUGUCAGAGGAAAACAGACCAGGAAAUAAUGUGGUUCGACAACCAGCAGGUCCAGAUGGUACACAAGGCUUUCACCAGCGCAGAUAGAAAUAGCAGCCUUUCCUGGGAGGAAGGGAGAGGCGAUGCUGGGGCUCCUAGAAGAUGGUUGAAAUUCAAAUAUUUUUUAUCAAUAUUUAGGAUGUGGGAUGUUUUUCAAAAUAAGUAUAAAACCCUCUCAAAUCCAGCACGGCAUUUGCGCCAGUGUGUGGAAUGUAAAAGGGGGAAAGAAACCCGACACAGAGGAGCGGAUGGGGAACGUUUUAUUCCCCAGUUUUACACUGUGAUGAGGACUUCGCUUCCGGACACUGCUCACUGUGAAGUCAGCCCCCAGCCCUCAAAAUAAAAGAGAGAAAAUAGAGAAAAACAAAGCAGAACUGCAGAACAAUAUUCCCUUUAUCACUUAAGUCAACUUUGGAUGCCAGCCUAUCACGUAAUUUAAACAAGCCGUGAAAACCCCUCUGAAAAGACAUUUGAAGAAGACAAGUGGUGAAAAAGCAGAGCUGGAUGUGCUAUAACUAACAAGAGUAUGGAAUAAGGCACCAGCUUCUUUCAGCAAUAAUAAUAGAAAUAUCACUAAUUGUUCAGACCUCCCUUCAACACUGUUCCUCCCGAGCUUUUGUAUUUGUUGUUUUUGUCAUUGUUUUAAUUUUGGUUAUUACUGGCUUGGUCUGCUAAUCACCAUAUGUUUUUAAAUGGGUAGCAAACAGUGAGGGUAUUGUGGAAAUUCAUGCUGAAUUUAAGUUCUUUAUUGUUUACGGUUAUUUUAUUUUUUUCUUAUGUUGUUUUACUCAUUGGUCUUCCUCUGGCUGUCCUGUUUUCUACAUAAAGAGAAAGAAUAAAAACAAAAACCAGUAGAGAAUUAAAUGAGUGCAGCAAAUCACAUUUUUAAACAGUUUCUAUAUGCCUUUAUAUGAGUUGAGAAGGUAGUCAUUUUUAGACCUGUGUCUUUUAAUUAAAAUCCAAUGGAAAAUUAUUUCUGUAAAUAUUUGUUGUGCUGGGAAGAACCAAAGGAAGUGAUGUAAGGGGAGUAAAGAUUUUGCUGGCUCCCCUUGCCUCAUUUCCUCUACAAAUCUGCUGUCAACCAUUUUC